AUGGGGGCAGAUCUGGCCGAAUUCGAAAGCCAUCCAUUUCCUUAUGGCACUUUAACCAUACGAUCCAAUCUUCUUCCUCAGUUUGUAAUUUUUAAUGCUGGACAAAAGCUUGUGAAGAUCCCAGAUAUCAAUACACUUAGCACUGCAAAUGCCCACAUUCCGAACAUAUUCCACAAAAUCCUAUCACCCAUCACCCUCUACGCGCGUUGGAUAAACGUGGAGCCUCUGACUGAGUGGCUGAAUACCCCGCCACCGCCAGCCCGCUCUUCACCAUCUCAUUCAAGCCAGGCACCAACCGAGGCUCGGCGUGAAUUGAAGCGACCCGUGAACAAGCAAGGCUCUCCAACACGCGAAUGGUCGGAAGGUAACAGCGGACAAGGGGGAUCGCGUGCUAACUCGGAACGUUCGACGCUCGAGGAUUUUGAGUCAAUCAAGAAGCAGGACCGUCGUUCUGAAAGGGAGAUGUACAAUGCAAGGAUGGAGUCGGUCAAAAGCUGGAGGAUGGCCGUGGCGAAGGAACUCGAAGCUGAGCCGCCAGAUCAAUGCAAAGGGGAGCGAGGUAAGGAUCGAGUCGUGUUUCAACAAUUUGAUAUUUCCUCCGUUCGUCACGUCAAUGUAAAAGAGAAUCCUCCUGGAAUUAAGUAUCAUGAGACAAUGACGCCUUGA